AUGGCGGCGAUGUUUGAGAGCGCGAGCAAAGAGGAGGCGUUUGUGCCGUCGCCUAUGCAGAAGGUUGGGGGGGGAAGCCUUGAUUUGAAGCCGAGUGGGGUGUUGGCGCAGUAUACGGUUAACCCUUCGCCGAGGAAGGGGGUUUCGCCGUCGAAGUCGAUGUCGCCGUUGAAGCCGCCGCCGUCAGCUUGUCCGGUUAAGCAGAUUGAGAUGAGGAAGUCUGAGAGUAUGCCAGGGGAGGUGGUGGAGAGGGGACGGACGUUGGUGCCGCCUGUUGUGCCGGUGAGGAGGUCGAAGGGGAGUAUGGAGGCUGCGGCUGUUUGGGGGGCGAGUCCGGGGAGGUUGAGGAGUCCGGUUGAGGUUGAGAAGAUGCCGGGGGUUGUGGGGGAGGGUAGCGAUGAGCUUGAGGCUGCGAUGGAGAAGGCGAAGGCUACUGGGGUUGUUGCGGGUGCGGAAAAGGGGGUGGAUGAGGAGAUGGUGGUGACACCGGCUCCUCCUGAGCGGGAGGCACCUCGUAGGCCGAGUUCAGAGGUUACUACACCGAAGCACCGUGUCAGCUUUUCCCGGACUACAAGAAACGAUGACGACUCACACGUCACGGUCAAGGAGAAGUGGUCUGCACCUUCUAGAGCUUCGAGUUUUGGUGACCAUCCAGGGUUUCCUGAGCAACAGCAGGAAGAAGAGGAGCGGAGUGCCGGCCGGCAGAAAUCGCAGACGAUUGCUCUGGAGGCUCAGAUUCGCAGUUUGCAGAUGCAGUUGGUGGAAAAGUCGGGGCAGAUUACGCAGUUGACGAGGGAGUUGGUUGUCAAGGCGGAUGUCGGGGAGGAGUGCGAGAGGUUGAGGGAGAGGUUGAGGGAGGUGGAAAUGGAGAGGGAUGUGUGGAAGGGGAGGGCGGAGAAGGCGGAGGAGAGGGUUGGGAUGUUUGAGAGGGUUAGGGAACGGGCGAGGAGGGCCAGGGAGGUGGGUGGUGAGGGGGAGGGAGUAGGGGUGUUGGAUGGGGUGGAUGAUUUUAUGGAGGAGUGUUAUACUGGGGGGUAUGAUGAGGUUGGGGGUUGGGAACAGAAGGGGGAGGUGGUGAGUGGGUAUAACCAGCCGGCGGUUGUUAUUGAGGCGCCGGAGCAACAGCGUCAGUAUUUACAACCGGAACAAAACACCUUGUCUCUUCACCCCAGUUGGAACGGACAGAAGAAACCCGUCCACAGUCCUUCUCUCAGCCCGAUGCCAUCUUUAGAACUGCAGCAGGUUGAGCAAAGACAAGCAGGAGAGGAAAGUUUUACGGAAAGGAUGAAGAGAAGGUUUAGAGGUUUGCCGAGGGAGGCGAGCAGUGCUAUUGGUAGUAUUGAGAACAGUAGGAGUAGUGCGGGGAGUCCGUAUGAUAUGGAUGAGGAGUAUCCUGCGGAGAUCUUGCCUUUUCCGCCUCCGCCUGUACCACCCAGGCAUAGGGAUAGGGACCGUGGGGAUGGGGCUGAUGGGAAUGGAUGA